UUUGGAACCAGGACUUGGGUGGUUUUACUUGUAAUUGAAUAUGUCUAUGACUGUUGACUGUUGUAAUGUUCUAAUGUAAUGUAACGUUACUCAGGAAAAUAGUCUGAAUACUUCUCCCACCACUGGAUUAGAAGUAUAAAGUAUCAUCAAACUCACUCAAAUGAUUGUGUUCAUUACACCACUGAACUUGUGAUCAAAGUAAAAAAAAAAGUGCCCUGUGACAGAUGAGAUGGAAUCAGGGGGAACCUUCAACAUUUACGCACAUUUGCCUCCAAAAUCCAAAAUAAUGUCAUUUGCAUUGACGCAUUUUCCCCCCCAAUAUGUGACACACACACACACACACACAGAGACACGCAGCCUUUGCUGCGAGUUCCAAGAAAUCUGGCUUCCCUCCAUAAAAAGCCUAUAAAGGAUGCGGCCCCUGCGUCCUGCGGGAUGGGCGGUCACACCCAUAUAAAGGCGGCGAGGACCUGUUGCGCCUUCCAGUCGCCCAGCUGAGAGAAGCCCAGAGCGAACUUCCCGCGGAUUCCCAAGGUUGACUGCGGACGCUGCUGCGCCGCGACUCGCUCCCUCUGAAAUCCCACGGAUCCCAUGGAUUUCAAAGAGAUUGGAGACGAGUCCUGCGAGGGACGCGCCGAGGACCUGGACAGCGUCAAGGCGCUCGCGGAGAAGCUGAAGUUGCAGACGCGCAGACCAUCUUAUCUGGAGUGGCAGGAGCGCGUCCGGAGUCGGCCGUGGAAGGAGAGCUCUUCGGCGGACAGCCCGGAGCCCGCGGGGGCGCAAGUCGCCCCCAUGCCCGUAGUUCUGCGAGACGAGAACUCGGAACUGGUCGUGCGCAAUAUCUGUGGCUUUGAUACCAUUGAUGACGCUUUGGAGUUUCUGAGAAAAGAGCUGAGGGAGAUGCAAGUGCAGGACAACCGUCUGGCCCGUCAGCUGAUUGGUCUGCGCGGGGAGAUCCACCGGCUGAAAGUGGAGCAGGUGUGCGACCGGCACAAGGAGAUGCUGGACGACGCCACAUACGAGCUGGAGGAGUGCGGCGAGGAGUCUGACCUGCUGUGCGACAUCCCCAUGAAGGCCGCCUUCGCCCUGUCCACCCCGCUGAAACACCUGGGCCUCACCAAGAUGAACAUCAACUCCAGACGCUUCUCGCUGUGUUAAAAGCAAAACCAACUCUUCAUUGAUGUUGCCGGGAAUCUCCUCCUCCUGCGCCUGUGUAGACACAUUAUUAUUGUUGUUAGGCCUGUUUCCUCCUGUGAAGGCUGUUCUGGUGCCAGAGCGGAGAGAGGCUGCCAGUGCCUGGUGGGUGAAAAUGAGAAGAACACAUUUGAUGUGCACAUGGCUUGAUGUGCAUGAGGAAGCCUGUUUAUGCAGACCUAUAGGGGCACACUCCCUGAAUACAAACACACCUUCCUGUUGGAUGAGUCGCUCCUCUGACUGUUCUUUGCACAAUGCAACAUGAACCAGGGCUGUACUGAAGUGUAAAGGUAGCAACAAAAAAACCCAAAGAGAUUAUACUGUAAUAUGCGUUUAGAUCACUUGUGAUAUUUUUAAAGGGGGUUGACUGAAAUAAAAAAAAGGAUGAAGGUGGCACGUCGGGUCCAAUGCGGUCUUCAGCAAUAGUUUUCACUCCUUAACUUUGUAAUUGAAAACACGUAUUCCUGCUGCUGAUCUGUCCCUAUACCAGAACCCUCAGAGGAAGCGGGAGGCCAGGCUCCAGCAUUUUCUACACCAGAUCUUCACACACACACACACACACCAAAAAUAUCUCCAUCCGCUCACCACCACUGCAGCGACAGGACCCCCAGGAGACCACGCGUGGUGCUUUUUUGUUUUCCAUCGCCAUGUCCAGAUCCUCCAGAGCAAAGAUUGUAAGCCACACAUACGGCUGGGCAGUGACCAAGUGUAGUGAGCUGCUCACUAAGGGCCCAAGUUAAAUGGUUUAUUAUAUAACAAGAAACACAAAUUAAAUAUUUGUAUUUAAUGAUAUUUUAUUUGUCUUGUAGUUGUGUUGAAAUGUAAAACAUAUAUCGACAUUUUUCUCCUUGAUAUUGUUAAAAUGAUUCUACUGUAAUAUGAAUGUAUCCAAUGAAGCACAAUGCCUUACAAUGUAAACUGCUAUUCUUUUUGUACAUAAAACACAAUAUUAAAGACAUUUUACCACGUC